CUCGGAGUCCUCUACUAUAGAGCGUAGGCUGCAGUGCAGUGAGCUGAUACUCUCUAUCGCCUCCCUAAUCUCCGUUGGCCGCCGGAAUCGACUGAAAGGAUCCGUCACCAUCACGUCCGAACCAUGUUCAGGCACGCCGCAAGAACGCUGGCUAGAACCACUACCGCCUCGUCGAUGAGGUGGCGCCGGCCAUUCUCUACGGAUCUUCCGGUUGAGACUCCUGUUGACCAGAAGUUUGUUGAUGCUUGGAAAUCGAUUAUCCCAAACAUAGAGCCUCCCAAGACACCGUCGGCGUUCAUGAAUCCUCGUCCACCUACCCCUUCCACCAUCCCCUCUAAGCUCACUAUCAACGUCUUCCUGCCUUACAGCUCUGUUUUCUCCGGCGAGGAGGUUGACAUGGCCAUAAUCCCGGCAACGACUGGACAGAUGGGUGUUUUGCCUGGGCACGUGCCCACUAUUGCAGAGCUCAAGCCUGGUGUCUUAUCAGUUCAUUCAAGCAAUGACGUGAAGAAAUAUUUUGUAAGUGGUGGAUUUGCAUUCAUCCAUGCGAAUUCCGUUGCGGAUAUUAUUGCUGUUGAAGCUGUGCCUAUUGACCAAUUUGAUCAAAGCCUAGUUCAAAAGGGCCUUGCAGAGUUCACUCAGAAGUUAAGCUCUGCAUCAACUGAUGUGGAGAAAGCCGAAGCUCAAAUUGGGGUUGACGUUCACAGUGCUAUUAAUGCUGCUCUUACUGGUUAAGCUUUACUGGAUGAAAGUCCACCAGGCAUUUAUGUUUUGUUUCGGUUUUCAAUGUUCACUGGAUUGACUCUUUUGUACCUAAUGGAGAAAGGCAAUUUCAAGUAUAUUUCAUAUGUACAACUAUCUUGGAGUCGAUACCUGAGUUCAAAUAAAUUUUUAGGAUUGAACUAAAUAGCUUUACAUGGUCUCCUUGAACGUUUGUUGUUAGAUUCACAUUUCUUUCGGUACUAAAUUGAGGCAUCCCAGAGAUGCAUGGCUUUUUCUUGUUGGAAAUUUAUAACGUGGGUGCAUUGGUCUUAUUUCCAUUAUGACCAGUAAGGUCAACAUGGUUAUUCUAUCAUGAAACAUCAACCGG